GCAGAUUGUCAUAACGACUCCCUCAUUAGUGUGUGUUGGUUCAACCAUUAAUAACAUGAAAAAGAAACUAGAGAUGUCCCGAUCCGAUAUUUGGAUCGGAUCGGACGCCGAUAUGGGCAAAAAAAUGCGCAUCGGUAUCGGAUCGGAAUACGGGAAAAAUUCUGAUCCAGACUUCCAAUCCAGUUUUUUUAAAAGUCCGGUCCGGGUUUUCCAGUGCACCGAUUUAUAUAAUCCAUUCCAGUUUUUGCUUCGGUUUCCCUAAAAUCCGGUCCGCAUUUUACAGCACACUUCAACACACUACAUUUACAUUACCGUCUCCCAAUUUACCGAGAGACUUUAUCGGUAAAAAUGUCAGCUGUGUGGGAUCAUUUCACCUUAAAGGACGACAAAGACGAAGAGGCAGAGAGCACCAUAUGCCACAAUAAAGUCAAGCGUAGUAGUAAAGCUGUAAGAAGUUUUAAUGCAACCAACCUAAUCAAGCAUUUAGCAAAAUACCACCACAAACAAUAUGAGGAGUAUUUUUGAGGAGUAUUUUUAUAAUAGUUCAAAAGUUACCUAGUGUUGCUUUAAUCUAUAAAUAUAUAUUAAUGGAACUUUGUGUGUUGUGGUUGUGUCUGUCUAUGUGUGUUUGUACUCCGAAACGGCUGGGCAGAAUGCACAUAAUGUGUCUGGGAAUGUUUGUAGAUGGGUUUGAUCUCUGUAGGCCUCCAUUUAGUGCUUAAAAAUAAUUCGGAACUCCAAAAUUUAGCAUAGAAAAUGCGACCAGAUUGUGGAGGCGACAGCGCCAUCUUUUGGGCAAAAGAUGGGUCUCUUGCAACGGCAUUAUCGCUUUUGGCUUUCUAACUUUACGCUUUCAUGUACAAAUUUAAACGUGCUGUGAUGUUAUGUUGUGGCUUUGAGUAUUCCUUAACAAGACGCUGUAUAUAUAUAAAAUUUCCUGAAUAUUAAUAAGGGAUUGAUUCAUUUCGGCUUGAUAACUUCAUCUCCAUAAAGGUUCCCUGCUGGCUUCGCCCUCGUGACCGCACUCGCUCGCCAGAAAUCCUUGGCAAUAUGUCGCGUCCCACAACGCUGCCUCUUCGCAUUCCGCCGCGCAUCUCCAUCACGCAAGCAGACGCCGACAGUUAUGACGGAGAAAACGGUGUCUCCCCCGCUCACACGCCGCUGGGCUCGCAGAGUCCGGGACUCACGCUCAACACGUCCUUCCCCCAGAGCCAGAGGAGGGAGUCCUUCCUCUACCGCUCGGAUUCGGACUACGACAUGUCGCCCAAGACCGUUUCGCGAAACUCAUCAUUGGCGAGUGAAGGACACACAGGGGAGGACUUCAUCGUUACACCUUUUGCUCAAGUUCUGGCCAGUCUGCGAUCGGUCCGGAGCAAUUUUACCAUCCUCGCUAACGUCUCCACUCCAACAGUCAAGAGGUCUCCGCUGGGCGGAGUAUGCGUCAGUCCCAGAGCCACGCUGUCGGACCAGCAGUACCAGCAGCUCGCCUUGGACACACUGGAAGAACUGGACUGGUGUUUGGACCAACUGGAAACCAUCCAGACGCACCGUUCUGUCAGUGAGAUGGCGUCAAACAAGUUCAAGAGGAUGCUGAACAGAGAGUUGUCCCAUUUGUCUGAGAUGAGCCGUUCGGGUAACCAAGUGUCAGAGUACAUCUCCAGCACCUUCCUGGACAAGCAGAAUGAAGUGGAGAUCCCUUCCCCGACUUUAAAAGACAAGCCAAUGAGUCAAAUCAGUGGCGUGCGGAAACUGUCGCACAGUUCCAGCCUGUCCAGCACCUCCAUGCCUCGCUUCGGGGUCAACACCGACCAUGAGGACGAGCUCGCAAAGGAGUUAGAAGAUUUGGACAAGUGGAGCUUUAACAUAUUUCAAGUUGCUGAAUUCUCCAAUAACAGACCUCUAAGCUGUAUCAUGUAUACCAUCUUUCAGGAGCGAGAGCUUCUGAAGACCUUCCGCAUCCCCGUUGACACCUUCGUCACUUACGUGAUGACCCUUGAGGACCAUUACCACGGCAACGUAGCGUACCACAACAGCCUCCACGCCGCCGACGUCACCCAGUCCACUCACGUUCUCCUCUCCACGCCUGCCCUUGACGCCGUCUUCACCGACCUAGAGAUCCUCGCCGCACUCUUCGCCGCCGCCAUCCACGACGUGGACCAUCCUGGAGUUUCCAAUCAGUUCCUCAUCAACACCAACUCCGAGCUGGCCCUGAUGUACAAUGAUGAGUCAGUUCUGGAGAACCACCAUCUGGCAGUGGGCUUCAAGCUCCUCCAUCAGGAUAACUGUGACAUCUUUCAGAAUCUCACCAAGCGGCAGAGGCAGAGCCUCCGCAAGCUCGUCAUCGAUAUCGUUCUGGCCACAGACAUGUCCAAACACAUGACCUUGCUGGCAGACCUGAAGACCAUGGUGGAGACAAAAAAGGUGACCAGUUCUGGGGUGCUCUUGCUGGAUCACUACAAUGAGCGCAUUCAGGUCCUGAGGAACAUGGUACACUGUGCUGACUUGAGCAACCCCACCAAGCCGUUACCGUUGUAUAGACAAUGGACGGAGCGGAUCAUGGAGGAGUUCUUUCGCCAGGGCGACAAAGAGAGGGAGCGCGGCAUGGAGAUCAGCGCCAUGUGCGACAAACACACCGCUUCUGUGGAGAAGAGUCAGGUGGGCUUCAUCGACUACAUCGUCCAUCCGCUUUGGGAGACGUGGGCCGACCUGGUGCACCCUGACGCCCAGGAGCUUCUGGACACGUUAGAGGAGAACCGCGAGUGGUAUCUGACCACCAUGCCUCAGUCUCCGUCACCUCCUCCGGACAGACACUUGCAGCACGACCGAUUCCAGUUCGAGAUCACGUUGGAGGACCUGGAGCACAACAACCACAACCACGUACACGCUAGGAUUGGCCCGCAUGGUCAGAGAGCUGCGUGUCUUGACUGUCGAGAAGAGAGUGAGGAUGAGAAGAACCACAACCGGGAGCAGAAUGGAGUUAGUGAUGAGGAUGAGGAGAAGGAGAAAGAGGACGAGGAAGUAGACACUGAAAAAGAAGCAGAGGAGGAGGAGACAAAAGGAGGGGAAGAUGAAGAAAAUCUGGAUGAAGAUGGCACUUUGGAGGAAGCAGAGGAAAGUGCGGACGGAGAAGUCGACCAUGUGGAGGAAGAAGAUGGAAAUGCUGAGGAGGCGGAAGAUGAAACAGUUGAGACUGAGGAGGAGAAUGCCAAAGAAGAACAUGAAGUUGCAGAAGAGGAGCAACAAGAACAUGUUGAAGAAGUAACGGAAAAUGAGGUGGAAGAGGAAAAAAACGCUGAGGAGGAAGCAGAAGUUGAAGAAGAGAAGGAUGGAGAAGAAGACGAGGAAGAAGAAGAGAGUUAAUGAAGGCGACCAAGCAUUAACGCAGAUGCGCGAACCAGCCCGGCGUCCAAAAUCCCGUGCUCCGUCCAAGCUGAGAGGUCAGCGGCAGUGGAGCGGACUUAUGGGUAGAACCUCAGCAAGAGGAGGAGGCAGCAGCAAAAGCUGUUCUCACAGACCUUAGGACAGGGUCACACGAAUAACACAUGCAAAUAAGUUUGUGCCUGUUCUCCCGAAAUCACCGAAUAUACUUGACAUCGUCUUCUGUGUCAUCCACCACGAAGAUCCCACCACUCCAGACCGAAAAAAAAAACUUGUUUGUGCUUGAACAAAAAAAAAAAAGUGGAGAAAGUGAAGUUUGUCUUCUUAUUUUCACACUUUAAAGUGUGGCAGUACUGUACCGUGGCGAAGAAAAAUCUGUGUCAUAACUAAUAAUUUGCAGGCAGGUUAACGAUAUUUCGUUGUACUCACUCACAGGUCGUCCACGAAGCACUGAAUUUUGGGUCUUCCGCAACUUUCUUUUGUUUUUGUAAAAAACAAAACAAAAAAUAAUAAUAAUACACGUUUUUGGCACUUUAUCACCCCUGUUACAUAAGUGUACAUAACAAACAUGUAUUUUAAUCUGAUCUGAUGUCAUAUAAUAAAUAUGAUCAAUCGA